UCCUGUUCUUUCUUUCGGACCCCAGACAUAUCCAGUUCUGUUUCUCAGGCCCCAGGCCUCCAAGCAGAAGAUGAAUCGAGGUCUCUUGCUUCUCGUCGUGGCCGCGACGUCGGUGUCGGCCCAGACUGUCCCCUCCACUUGUGCCAACGCCCUGUAUUUGGGGCUCAACAAUCUGACGUUUGAGGCUUGUCAAAUAAAAUACUCGACUGCUGUUGCUUCAUUCAAUACAAACUGCGCCAAUUUUAUGGGCUCACCAGGGUAUAAUGGCGAAGUCUGUGAUCCGAUUGUGUUCGAUUACAUGAAAUGCGUCUUAAAAACUUCAGGACUUCUUAAAGCCGACGGCUCUUUCGACGACGCGGCCUUCAAGAAAACAAACUUGCAGAACAAGUGCAGCUCGGACGCUAAGUUCUCAACCGUGUACCAGCCUUGCAGGGACUCUACCAUGAAAUACUUGAACUUACCUCGAUUCAUCAUUUGCCUAAUGAAAAAAUUAGAGCUUUGAGGCAACUGAAAGAGAAUGAAAUCACCCGGAACACUGCGGAUUGAACUUAUACGGAACACGGCAAAUUGAACUCACCCUGAUUACGGCGAACCGAAUUCAUACGGAACACCACAAACAGUACUCAACCCGAACACGUCUGACUGAAUUCAUACGCAGCACUACAAACAGAAAUAACCCCGAACACGGCGAACUGAACUCACCCGGAACACGGCUGAACCCAACAUCAGUAUCUGGAUAGAUAUCUAUAUAUAAUGUUUGACCAUAUUAUUCACGAGCCCAUAAUGUAAGGGAGUGACAUGAGGAAAAUCAUCUAUAUUGAUGAUUAUAAUCUAUAUCUUGAUCUAUAUAUCAAUCUAUAUAUACAUAUAGUUCAUACCAUGC